AUGAACAGCAGCGGCCCGAGCAGCAGCGCGGGAAGUGGCGGCGGAGGAGGGACGCCUGGGCCUUUGAAGCUUUCAUUGAAGCUCGGCGGCGCCAAGAUCUCGACACGAUACGCCAGCCAGGGCGUCCCGUUCUACACGCUCAAGCCCGAUCUGCCCGGCUACGCCGAACAACUGGGCAGCACCGACUUGUUGGAGCAGUACGACCUGGCGACACCGUACCAGCGGCUGUGUACGCCCGGAAAAGUGAAGGAGGAUCUCGAGUCGUUUCUACCGAAUCUCUACGGCAACUUCCAUUUUUCGCAGUCUGACGAUUUUAGCUCCCUCCGGAGACUCGUCGAAAAGCCGCCGAUCACCGGCAAGGAAAUCGCACCGCUGACCACACAGGCAAUGUCCGGCUUCCGGCUAAACGUUGGCCCCGUAGACGAGGCGUACCGGCAUCUAUUCACCAAGAAACGGGACAAUGAGACGCCCGCCGAGAUGUACCUGAAGAUGGACAAGACACCCGCCGAAAUCGUGAUGCCCAUCGGCAAAAACGGAAAGGAGAAGCGGAAGAAGGAGCACAAGGAGCACAAGGAAAAGAAGGACAAGAAGAAGAAAAAGGAGAAGAAGAAGAAGCACGCGAUGGAGUCGAGCCCGACGAGCGGCAUGCCCGAUUUGAUGGACACAACA